UUCUUGUUGCAAUGCAAGUACUCGAAUGUCGCUUGUGUCGACCAAAGUAGAUAUUAUUGUGAAUUGAGUUUUCUAAUGGCGAAAUUCAUUAAUGAAGCCUACACAACGAUUUGUAGUGAACGAACCUUGCAAACGAACGAUAAUGGCUUCUUCAUGGAUUUUGUGAAACUUAUCAAAAAACACGCAGGUGACUCAUGGAUUGAUAAUGAAUUUGGAAAGUUGAAAUCUGACAAAGAGAGAAUAAGAUGUAUUUAUCUCUCUGAAAGGACCCAAAAACCUAUCGUCAAUGUAUUAUCGAAUGUGCAAGAAGUUUUCAGAACAAAAAGUGCAGGAAUAUCACAAGGAAAAAGAUUAGAAGCUGAGAAAGCUUUUCAAAAAGGUGACUUGAGGUCUUCUUUGAUGCUUUAUAGCCAAAGUGUUUUGAGAUCACCAGAGACAAGUAUAAACAAUCACUUUGAUUCUGGAGGAACACUCUCGCUGGCAUUAUGGGGUCGUUCAGAAGUUCUGAUGGCACUAAAAGAAUAUUCAUUAGCAUUAAACGAUAUUCAAUCGGCUUUGAAAGAAAAUUUGCCAAACAUAUUCAAAGCCGAUGCCUUUUGGAGAAUGGGAAAAUGUUAUAAAGCAAUGGGAGAGAAAAUUAGAGCGACGGUAUCCUUUGAUCUGUGCGAGAAAUUACUAGAAAAUAACAAAAAACGUUUGGAGGAGUUGCAUAUUGACCGGGAAAUGAGCAUAACAGUUGAUUUGGCGACGAUAAAAAUAGGUGAGAAAGUUACUCCUUCGGUUGAAGGUGAAGUUCACGAAAUAUAUCCUUGCGCUUCGAGGAAAAUCCAAAUAAAUGAAUCAGAAAAACUAGGAAAACAUGCAGUGGCAAAUAAUAAUAUUCGUACCGGUGAAACACUAGUUGUGGAAUCGCCCUACGCGGCUUGCCUGUUGCCUGAAAUGUUUGGAACACAUUGCCACCAUUGCUUUGAAAGGUUGAAGGCCCCUGUAGGAUGUCCAGAUUGCGCAAAUGUGGCAUUCUGUUCAAUGGCUUGCAGAAAUAAAGCGGUUUGUUCGUAUCAUAAGUACGAAUGUAAAUUCUUGGACCUACUCAUUGGGUCUGGUAUGAGUAUUCUUUCACACACCGCGUUGAGGAUGAUAACACAAAAUGAACUGAGUACUUGUUUGGAAAUAUACAAAAACAAGUCAAGCGAAAGGGUGUAUUCCUUAUGUACUAAUGCAGAAAAACGGUGUGCUGAUGACUUUUUUCAAAGAACGUUAAUGGCGGUUUUUUUACUGAGAUGUCUUCAGAAAGCUGGAUAUUUCCGAACUAGUGGAAGGGAUGCCAUACCUUCUGAAGACGAAUUUUGCGUUGGCGAGUUAUUACUGUAUCAUUUGCAAAUGUUGCAGUUCAGUGCACACGAAAUAUAUGAAACUAGGAAAACGGCGGACUGUUGUUUCAAGGACUCUAGAACGAUAUCCAUUGGGGUUGGUAUCUAUCCAACUGUAGCUUUAUUCAAUCAUGAUUGCUACCCAGCAGUAACACGACAUUUUGUAGGAAAGGACAUAGUUAUCAAAGCGUCCAGACCUUUGAAGCGUAACGAGAUAAUAGCAGAAAAUUAUGGUCCAAUAUUCACAAGGAAAUGUCUUCAAGAACGUCAAAUAUGCCUGAAUUCGAGAUACUGGUUUCAGUGUCAGUGUAAUGCGUGUAUGUUCAAUUGGCCUACCAUAGAUGGGGGAUUGGACAAUUUCAGCAAAAGAGUGAAAUGUCCCACUGAAAGCUGUUCUUACUACUUCACGUUACCACUGCUGAAGGAUUCAGUGAAGUGUCCGAAAUGUAGCAAUGAAGUUACUUUAACCCAGCAAUAUCAGUCUUUGAAGUUGUGCGAAGAACAAUAUGAAAUUGGAUCCCAACUGAUGAAUGAAAAUCGACCAAAGGAAGCAAUUGCAAUUUUUUGCAAAGCAAUCGAUACUUUUCAUAGAAUCUCCUGUCCACCCCACAAGGAAACUCAUACAGCACAGGAAAAAUUACAGUUAUGUGUUGCAUCUUUCGGCAACGUUUCGGAAACACUUGUGAGGAGAAGCUGAUCAUAUCUAGAUUAUAGAAACAAAUAAAUGUUCAUAAUGGGGUGCUCCACGAAAUUAUCACUCAAAAUAUUGAAAUUUGAUCAUUUGAGGAUUAUAAUUUGAAAAAUGACUUUCGAUAUAUGAAUCAGUAUAAUUAUAAGUUGAGAAGUACAAGUACAGAAAUUUGUAUACUUUCAAUUUUUUUAGUGUCAAAUGAAUGUAUGGAAAAAAUAAAAAAAACAUAUGAAGGAA